UUUUUUUUUAGUCUCCAACAGGAAGUGAUUAGAUAGGUUAAUUGUGUUAAGAAGUUGUGUGUCAUUCUAUGUUUGAAACUUCUCCCAUCCACCCCGUAACUGUGGCUCGUAGUUGUAGAAUUUGCAAGUGGAGGGAAUAGUUGAUUGGAAAUUUUUGCAAGAUGAAAUUGGCAUGAGAAUGAUUCACGAUGCUUGGCCCUGUGGCUGAAAAUUGUGUGAUCUUGCUAGUUCCUUGACCAUUCAGGCUUUAGGGUUAUUUCUUUCACUUCAAAGACCCGGGUGUUAAAAAUUACAUUUUUGUAGACGUAGUCCUUUCUUUGGUGCUGAGCUCUUUUUUUAAUUUAUAUUUAAAGUCAUUUCCUGCACUGAGUAUAUGUUAAUUUGAUUUUUCAUGAAUUUGUAGAGCUGGUCCUUUCUGUGGUACCCUGGUUCUAGUAAUAAAUUCAUGUGUACCUUCUUCUGGCGUUGUGGUGAAACCUUUUUUGUCUUUUUGAUAAUGAUUGAUCGGUUUGGAAAUCAUUGAGCUAUGGAUCCUGAAAGCAAGAAAUUUGGAUUAGGGGAUAGGGAGCUGACUGGUGCUGUUGAUCUUAUACGUCACUUCAAGUUGUUGCCCCAUCAUGAUUUUUUCUGCAAGCGAUCACUUCCUUUAUCAAUUUCAGACAGUCAUUAUCUUCACAAUGUAGUCGGGGACACAGAAAUCAGGAAAGGAGAAGGAAUGCAAUUGGAUCAACUUAUUCAAAGUACAUCAUUUUCCAGAGAUACUAACGCAAGGAUACAGCCUUUUGACUUGGAUGUCCUCAGAGAGGCCUUUCAACUGAGGGAAACUUCUCCUGUUGAGUUGCCUUCUACAGAUAAGGGGACUCCUACCGUUGCUGGGAAAUCGAAAAGUGAUUCCAAAGACAAGGAGAGGAAGCAUAAAAAGCACAAAGAGAGAGAUAAGGAGAAGGACAGAGAACAUAAGAAGCACAAGCACCAUCACAAAGAUCGAAGUAAGGAUAAAGACAAGGAUAAGAAGAAGGAUAGGAGUGGGCAUCAUGAUUCUGGUGCCGAUCCAUCAAAGAAACUCCAUGAGAAGAAAAGGAAGCAUGAUGGAGAUGAAGAUCUUAAUGACGCUCAAAGGCAAAAGAAAAGUAAGCAUAAGAGCUCAAAGAUUGAUGAAAUGGGUGCAAUAAAGGUAGCAGGCUGAAGAAAUGGUAUACUAUAUUUCGUUUGUUGUCUCAGAUGGUUGUUGUUGAAAGUUUGGAGGGUUUUCCACUUAGAAUGAUGUCAAAUAGCUUGAGAUUAGAACUGACUAAAGAAUGUUAUGAAGGUGAAUUCAUCAGAGAAGUGUGUGGAUACAAGUUUUUUUGGCGCAUUGGAUAUCUCAGCCUUUACACAUUAUUGUAACCUUUUUCUUCAUCCUUUUUAGAAGUCCAAAGUUUAGUUUUAUGAUCAGUUUAAAUAGUGGUUUUGCCACUUUGAAAUUUAGGAAGAUUGGAACAAGAAGGGAAAUGUGAAUGUCGAUUCCUUUCUGCCCCUUGAGAAAUUACUAACAUGUCCCAGUUAUUCAAAAUGGUUGUAAGGACCUGGGUUAUUUAUUUUCUAACAUGACUGAUGAAUUCGGAAGUUUAUAUAUGGCAAACAUUCUUUGUAUAUAAGUAGCAUUAAUUAUGUCAUUAAGGGAAUCUCUUUUCUUUA